UCUUCCGUUAUUUCUUCACAUCAACGCCCGUGAUGAGCAUUCCCCAAAAUCCACCUCCUGCUUCUGUUAGGAAGGUGAAAGUGGAAGUGUUGAAGUCGUUUCUUCUGUAUACUGUUGCCAGCACCUGUGUGGGUGUGAUGUACAUCCAGUGGACUCACAUAUGGAUGCUCAAAGCUGAAAUGGCUGAGAUAUCGCAGCGGUUCAGGCCUCUGGAAACAGCGGCGAAGGGAAGCGGGAUAUGCUGCGAUGCCGCCGCCUGCUGCGGGGUUAGCGGAUAUCACAGAUUUCCUGUCAGACAGGCACGUGGACACGACAGAGACACAAGAGAUGUGCAAGAUCAGAAGAAACGGAGACAUAGACGACAAACAGAGCAGCACACAUUUCUUCAUCUUGUUCCUGUGUCCUCUCAGUCGUAUAACAAUCAUGACACCACUGUUCUCUCUUGGGCCCUUGGGCAGAGCAGAGGCGAGGGGCUUCAACUAUCAGGUGACACUGUAACAGUGGUGACAGAGGGUACUUACUUUAUUUACAGUCAGGUGCUGUAUAAAGAUACCACCUGGGUCAUGGGUCAUGUGAUCACAAAAAGCCUCAGGGGGGCAGAGACUAAGCUGAUGAAGUGUCUAAAGAGCAUGCCCAGAAACAUCAGCCAGCCACUUAACACUUGCUACACUGCUGGUGUUCACUUCCUGGAGUCUGGAUCAACACUUCAGCUCUCUGUUCCCCGCAAAUCUGCAGAGAUCAUCCUCACUGCACACGCUACCUUCAUGGGCAUCUUUAACAUCUGAAAGACACACACAAACUCAAACAAUUGCAAAUACCAUGCCCAGUGCUUUUAAGUGGUACAUUAGGGACAUCUAGUGGACUUUAGAAAUGGUGCGGUACUUUAGAAAUGUGUUUCAAGGUUUAAUAAAAUACUACUGUAUAUGCAUGUCACUUAGGUGAGUGUUAAGUUUAGGUAACAGAUGACAAACAACAGUGCUGUGUUGGACUCCAGUGGUUUAAUCAAUGUCUUGGGUGAGAACAGACCAAAAUAUAAUUCCCUUUUCACAGUUCAUCUUGCCAUUGCAGUCUCAAGUCACGAUCAUGAAUUCAAGCCACAAUCCAGUUUCUAGUGUUUGACACAUGUGCAGAGCACAUGAUGGCGCUAUAGGAAGUGUAAUCGAGCUUGAAAUCACCAAGGAGACUGCUGUCAAGAUGUACAGCGAAAAUAUAUUUUUUGGUCUGUGUUGGCCCAAAACCAACUGGAUUGCUUCAGAAGACAAUGACUAAACCACUGGAGUCUUCUGAAUUAUGUUUAUGCUUUUUGGACCUUCAAAGGCCUGAUCAUCAUUCACUUGCAUUGUACGCACCUACCGAGCUGAGACAUUGUUCUAAAAAUAUUUGUUUGUGUUCAGCAGAAGAAAGUUAUACACAUCUUAGAUGGCUUAUGGGUGAGUAACUGAUUAGGGAAUCCCUUUAAAGAGGUUACAAGUUAAAAGCAAAAAAUAAAAAUAAUUUAUGAUCAGUUGCAUUCAUGCUUUCUGCCAUCGACUGUAGAAAUACACCCAAUGUCACAGAUCAAUAUCUCACAUGAUCAUUUAUAACAUCUUUAUUUUGGGGAAAAAAGACUACGGGCUAUAAAAGCAACUGUCAUUUGAAAAAUGUUGUAGUUUGUAAAAGCAACAAUGUUUCAUAACACAUUUGGUGAACAAUUAUUUCAACAAUUAUA